CGAUUAGCAAUAAAACUUACUGAAAAUGAUAAAAACAUUUUUUGUUUUGUGCAUUUUAAUUAUGAUUGAAAAUAUAAGCGCAUUUGUUACAAAAGAUGUGUCGCCAGCGUCCACUCGGCCAAAUAUCCUGGAAUCAUUCCAAGUGAAUAUUGAUCAGCUUAGGGAAUGCGUAGAUCAAAGUUUGGCUCGGGCGGCGAGCGAGGUCAACGAGAAGCAGUUGGAGCCAAUCCUGAGUGUCAUCGGGGAUCAACUCAAUAGGAUUUCUAAAGCGUUUACCGACUUAACAGCGCCAAAUUUACCACAAUGAAGAAUGUAAAUUUAAAUUAAAAUGAUAUUUUUAUUCAAUGUUAAUAAAUAAAUACAU